UUUAUUUAAAUGUUUUUUGUUUAGAAAACGCAAGUGCAUGAUUUUUCGUGGGCUUGAAAUUUGGUUUUAAGAAUGCUAAAAUGUUUUCAGUUGUUGCGUGUGUAUACCGAUUCACGCGAAUACCUUCUAGACAGUCGUUGCGCUGUUCUGGAGACAGAUUUUUUACAAGAAUUUCAAGUGCGGAAAGUCAGUCAUCGGAAGCAGAAAAAUCGAAGUUUGGCGAUGGAGAUGAUAAUGCGACCAAUUUGAAUGGUACAUUGGAAAGGGAUUCUCAAGUUUCUGAAGUAGAAUCCUGUGUAAUAAGCGAUGAAAGCUGUCGCUCUGUAUUGCAACCACCCAGUGAUGAGACAGACUUGACUCAUUUUGCACCUUUUUUUAAGCCUACAUUCAACUUUGCUGCCUAUAUAAAUAAGUCGCCUAGUCUUCAGCAGCUUGUAAAAUUGGGUGUUGAUUUACAUAAACUUGAGAAAAGGAAGGGGAUUGCAGAGUUUAUUUUAACAUUAGAUUUUGAAAGAGACAUGAAAGAACACAUUAGGUUCCUGGUUGACAAAGGCAUUCUCCCUGAUGCAUUGGGAUGGUUUUUGACAAAAAAUCCAGAAAUUUUCAAGGAAGAUUUGGAUGAUCUUCAAGUACGAAUUAACUAUUUGGAAUCAAAGAGGUUCUCGGGAGACAUGGUGUUGAAAGUGAUUUCAAAGAACCCCUACUGGCUGUCGUUCAGUACAGACACCAUAGACAGCCGGCUGGGCCACUUCCAGAAGAACUUCUCCCUGACCGGCAAUGAAGUGAGAUUCCUUGCGACUAAGCAACCACGUCUCAUCACCUACAGCAUGAAUCACAUAAAGGUUAAUACUUUUGUCAUCAAGGAAGAACUGGGUUUUGAAGCAAAAGAAAUGAAGAACAUAUUGUUGAAACAGCCAAAAUUGUGGAUGAUAAGUCAGCAUGGGUUGUUGGAGAGGUUUGAGUUUGUCCACAAUGAGAUGAAGAUCCCUCACGAACACAUUGCACAAUGUCCAAGGGUUUUGAGUAGCCGAGCCUUCCGCAUCAAACAGCGCCACCUCUUUCUACAUUCUUUGGGACGAGCGCAGUAUAACCCAGCAUUAGAAUGCUAUGUUUCUCUGGGAAGUUUGGUUGAUGGGACAGACGCUCAGUUCUGUGAGAAUGUUGCAAAGACUUCCGUAGAUACUUUCAACAUUUUCCUCAAGACAUUAUAACAAGAUAAAUAAAAGUUAUUUUAUUAUAAUGCUGUGUUUUUGUGUUAUGCUGUGAUAUAGAAAGAUAUGUUGUGUCCAAUUAUUUGUUUAAAACUACAAGAAUUACCUAAGAGGAGCAGAAUAAUCAUACAACCAUCAUAGUUAACAGGGCCAUCAAAAGAAACCAAGGGUCGGAGGGCAAAUAAUUUUGUACAAUAUUUUCAAAACCCACAAUACAAAAACAAAUUCUAGUCUGUAAGUGUUACUGUGUCUAUAACUCUAAACUUGAUCUGUAUGUAUAGCAUAACUGGUAGGCCUCUUACAUUCUGGUUUUCAUCCAUCCAAUACCUGACACAAUCAAGGUUUGUCUGGGUGCUACAUGGAGCCGGUCUGGUUAUUUCGUGGCCGGACAGUUUGAAAAAUUGCAUACAAUGCAAUAUGUUACUGUAUGUCCAAUUUCGCCCAUCCUGUAUCGUACGGACAAAAACCAGAACGUAAGAGGGCCGUAAGGUUUCCAAUGAAUUCUGUUAAAUGUAGAUGUGCAAUUUUGUGCUUUUAGGGUAAAACCACUGUAAACAUCAGAGUUGCAAUUCUAAGGACCUGUGUUUUUAUCUUUUUCCAACCAUUAUGAUUUAGGUUAAACAAGAUUUGACAAUCUUAGUAACAUCCUACCCUAUGAGUGCUGUGGAUCUACUUCAGGAAACUAACUCAAAUAGGUGGCCAAAUCUGAGAUGAAUAAGAAGGGAAACUGUUAUGUGGUUAUAGUUUAAGGAAGGAGUUGUAAUUUCACGACAGCGCUCUUUAUUCAUAAAGCUGCGUGUUAUAGCAAAUCCUUGGCCAAAUUUUUCAUCACAGGCCAUGGGUCGUUCCCAGAUUCCUUGAAUUGCAAUUCAAAUCCUGCCAUCUCUUGAUAACCUUAUUGUCUACAAAAAUUAAAUCUUUGUUGUUUGAAUAAUAUAGAACGAGAGUUGACAGUGGCAGUAAAUAUUCUCUUAACAGCAAGUACUUUCUUUAAAAGGUGAUUAAAAAAAAGUUAAAUUUUCAUAUAUUUUUUUAAAGUGUCUACUUAUUUUUUCCUUCAAAUUAAGAACAUCCUAUGAUAUUGUUUUAAUAAUUAAAAUUUUUUUAUGCAUAUAUUCUGGAUAUUUGUUUCAAUAUCACAUUAAACAAUACAAAUAUGAAGUAUUAGAAUGUACAGAAGUCUUAUUGGAAUCACAGCAGCUAUGCAGUUGGACAGCUCUUGGAGUUGGACUGAGAAAAAAACUGUUGGCAUUUUUAUACAAUCAAAAGUUUCAAAAGGUAAAUAUGCACAUGUUUUUACAAUAUUGCUUCAAUUAAAAAAAUAGUACUUUGUAGCCCCAACCACCAGUUAAAUUAUGUUGCUUAACUAUGUCAUGAAGAGUUUUAUCAGCUUUAAGCUGCUUUUUUUUUUUUUUUUUUUUUUUUUUAAA